AUGCCAAACAAGUCGAGCUCCGAGAGGAACGCGCCCCUGGGGGGAGUACACUCAGAGGGGGUACACUCGGAAAGAGUACACUCUGAAGGAAUACCCUCAGGAAUACCCCGCAAAAUAUACACACCUCAGGCAGAAUUGCAGAUAAGUCACUGGGACGGGGACUCAGAAGAUGGUUCGACAAAGCGCGCAAGAAGCAACCGCUUAGACGCGAUGGAGAUGUUAAAAACGAAUGAGGUAACUCUCUUCGAGUCGCUAAACGAUUCGACGUGUAAGUGGUUGAAGAAUCAACACAUACUGCGGGACGAGGGAGGAGUGGCAACAAGUGGAAGAGAGAAGCAUGACUCGAUUGGAGCGGAGCAGGACGCAAUUGUGAAGCCAGAUGGAAGCAACGAUGUAGAUAAUCCCAUUUUGAAUUUAUACAAGAAAAAGUUCAAAGCGGGUGAGGUACCCACCGGGGUGACUUCACUACAAAUGGUGGAGAAGGACCCCCAGGCGGAAGACACACAUGUGAUUAGCAAAAGGGAUGAUUUACAGAAGGGUACUUUUGGGGGUGUAGAACGAGAUGAAUCAAUGAACGAACUUCGUUCGUGGGGGGACUAUCACUUUUUUAAUCGAGGGGUGGCACCCCAGGGACAUAUCGAGACGGCCUUUUGUUUGGGGCAAGGCGACACUAAUUGCUUUGCGCGUACGAUAGGUGAGGGAGGGCUCUCUGGUGUGGAGGACCUGUCUGGUGGCGAGGGCCCCCCUGGUGGAGCCCCUCCCAGGGGGCUUCCAAACGGAUGUGAAGACGCCACGCUUAACCACCUGCACAAAAGGGAGUGCUACUUUGAAACAACGGAGAGGUCCUCUCCUGAUGCGUAUGACAUAGACAGACGCAGCUACCAUUACAUCGGUGGAGGUUCCCUCCAUGCGAAGAGUCCUUUGCUGAAGGAACGAAUCAACUACUACCGCGUGAAGAUCGAUGGGGAGGAGGAAGACGAGAUGGGGACAGUCCCAGAAGGCGGAUUCUUCCUCCCCCCCUUAGCAGACAAGUCUGCUAAAUGUAGCACUCGUGGCAGUCAUGGCAGUGGUGAGGCAUUCCAAGGUGACUGCUCCGAGGAAGGAAGAUUAAAGCCGUUCACAUUGAACCACCUGAGUAGUUACGAAAAGAAUCGGAUGGUUUAUGGAGAGACGGAGGGAGCCCAGAUGAGGUUGAAUUUCAAUCGGGUGCCCGCUCAACCGAUCGCACGCCCCACGGGGGGGGAGCAUCAUGAGCAGCAAGCACAGCAGCAUCCUAAUCAGCUGUCGCAUCAGCAGCAGCCGCCUCCCCAGCCGGAGGACCCCAUUUUGAUGAACACAGUGAAUCACCUCCACAACAAGAUUCAGAACUCCUGUUAUGAAUACUCAUCAGUGGGAGGUAGCAACAAGGGAGAAUCAGUUUUCUUAUCAUCUGGGGAUUCACAAAUGGAAAAGACAAACGGAGCUUCCCCAAACGACACACUCCACUUCCAACCCUUGGAGGGCCUCCAUAUGAACGAUACGAACGUGUCGAGAAAGAAACAAGAAAAGGUGAAGAUGCCUUUAAAGGGAGACCUAAAUGGGGGGGAUCACGUUGGGGAACUGCUACACCUUAGGACAAGGGGCUUUCAAAAUGAACAACUAAAUCCUCACUGUAGUGGAAACCAAUUGAGCUCUCACCUUGCCCAUGGAAGGGGGGAGGAGGUCUCCACAACAAAGCAGACAUUCUGUAGGCUUCAAACCGAUACAGGGAGAAACGACUACCCCUGUGGAGAUAGCAAACGUGUUAGCCAGAAUGCAGAUGAGGAAAAGCUGAACCUGCAGAUAUGUGACCUCUUAGGAUGCACCUCACGGCUUUCUGCUUUUUACCGGAAAGAUGAGCAAACAAGAGGGGAAAAGAAAACCAGCGGAGAGAACGCACAGGGAAUGAUGGACCCGCUUUCCCUCAUCAGAGGAACAAAGCACGCAGGCAGAGUACCCCCCGCCGAUACGUACAAGUUGGAUGACUUCCUAAUUCUGGACCCCCCCUAUUUCAUCGGAACUGAAUGGGUAACCCAAGCCAUCCCCACGGAGAAGCACCCCUCAAAGGUCAUCCGCUGUGAAGAUCUGUACUGGGGAGAGAGCACUUUGGGGAGGAACACACAGAAGGUGGAGCCACACAAGGUGCAGGCACGGAAGAUGCAGACACACAAUGUGGAGGCACACACUGGCAAGACACACACUGGGAAGACACACGGAACAUAUCAGCAUCAUCUCAUAAGGGUCGAAAAUAUGUUCCAGGAGGAUACUUCUGACGUGGUUAGAAGUAGCGACGGGGAGGGGACUCCUCAGCUGAUGCUGUGUGGUGAUAAAGGAGGGGACACACACGAGAAGGGGGAACUCAUCGGGGAGAAACUCAAUCAGGAGAUGUCCAUCCGGAGAGAGCCAAAUGUAAUGAUCCCUCCCUUUUCCGCUAACCAUGCGCUGAAGAUACAAACCUUUGGAGAUGGUAUGCUCUACAACCCCAACGAGGAAGCAACAGUUGCGAAGCGAAGCACCUUCCCUUCAAUCGUCACUCCAGUGGUUCCGUGUCGAGAAGGCCCCUUCCGCAGAGUCGUUAGUAGCAGAACAGAUCAGUCCCCAUUCGAAUGUCCUGACCUCUCCAUCGAUCAGAAAAUAACUAGUACUCAUAUGGGUAGGGACAUAUCAGGAGGUAACAGAAUGGAGAAGGUGCCCCAAGUGCAAAUUGGCCGCUGCGCUGAGGAGGAAGAAAGGGGGGCGGUUAACGAUCCUUUUUUAUACACUAGUAGGGGGGAGAAUGCCUGUGCCUUCCAGCGGAAGAGGGACAUUUUUGCAGAAAACAGAACUGAAGUGGACAAGAAGGGGUUGACCUGCACACAGAGGUUAUUCGCUAGCCCGUAUCGUCAUAAAGAGAAGGGGACGAUGGAGAAUCCGACACGCGGAAGUGGUCCCACUGCAGGUGAUGGCUCAAAUGGGAGCAGUGGUGAAAGGACCCAUCGUGGAGGUACUGCGCCAAACUCCCCCGGGGGGAAACCAUGGGGGGAUACCUCCCUGGUUCUUUCCCUCCCUAUUACGAAGCCAGAAAAAGGUCUCUCACCAGGUAGACAGACACACACGACCUGUGGCAAGCUUCACACGGAGAAAACCAUUCCAAGAGUGACCUAUAGUAGGGGAAGUACAAACGUUGCAGAAGGAAGAAGUGCACUGAAGGAUAGCAACGUCAAUUUGUUGCAAUAUUUUAAGUUAAACUUCGAGAGGGCGCGGUUUGCCAGCGUUGGGAGUGCUCGCGUUGGAAGUGCUCGUCAUGGGGGUGCCCGCCCUCCGAUACGUGGCGGCAGUGGAAUGCCCUCAAUUGGUAGGAGCAUCCAUCGGAGGACUCCCCCCCAGAGUGGCUUCGCCCUGAGGUCAACCGAUGCGUCCGCUGCGGCUGCUGCGGAGAAGAGCCACCUCUUCGAGUCCGUCGAUGCGUUUUUUUAUAACUUUAAAAAUAAUGGCGGCUCCUCCGGGGGGAAGUCUCGCCAGGUGGAAGGGCGACAUGUGGGAGCACACACUGGUAGAGUGGAUGCCGGUCCUGACUGCGACGUGGAUGCCUCUCCCGGCUGCGAAUUGAAUAGUCCCGUGCGUGGCAACUGGAGUGGAGUCCCUCAGCUGGUCACCCCCAGUGGUAGCGUGACGACGACAACUACUACCACCACAACGACGACCACGACGACCACAACUACGAUGGGCGCCGUGGUGAGGGGGGCGAACGGGGGAAGCAGCGAAAAGGACGAAAAGGGCAAAAAGAGCGAAAACGUAGCAAACACCGCAAAUGUGUCGAAGACCGCAAAUGUGUCGAACACCGUCACUGUAACCACCACCAACUGCACGCAGAGUAGGGCUCCGGUGAGGGAGGACGACCAUACGUGUGUGCAGCGAAGAGAAUGGAAAAAAGCCGAUCAGCAUUCCCAAUCGGAUUUCCCCGGUGUGGAAGAGGAAAAAGGAGAAGAAGAAGCGGAAGAAAAAAAGGAAGAUGAAAAAGGAGAAGAGGAAAAAGAAGAAUAUGGAAAUGAAAACGAAAAAGACGAGGACGAAAAAGACGAGGAAGAAAGAGAGAACAAAAACCAGGAGCAUGCUCAGAGGAAGGAAAAAAUCAUUCUCACUAUUCAAUGGAACAUAAAGAAGAUUUCUUUACUCUGCUCAAGCGACAACUACUUCGUUGUAUCUCCUGAAUACAAAACGGAGACGUUGAUAAAUGAGUUUUUUAUCCUCCUGAACAUAAACAAUGACAUGCACAUUUUGCCGGAGAAUACCUUUGGUCUUCUCUUCUCCUACACGGGAUUCUGUGACAUCCUCUUUUCAGUUACCUGUGGAAUGUACCAGAAGAAGUUCUGCUCUUAUGACUUCUCCACGCUUCCUUGGUUCGGAUUUACCAAAUGGGGCAUUUUAAAAAAUUGCAUGCAGAAUGAUACCAUAUCCAUCACGGUAGACAUUCAUGACAUUCGAAGGAAGGACUCUCUCAGGGAGGUGUUCCUCAGCAAUGUAAUAUCUUCUAUGAGGAGUGACAAUGGGAGUUUUGACUUCAAGGAGGGCACCUCUACGUCGUCGGCGCAGGGGAUGCAGGAAAACGCCUCUUCUUCCAUGAUUGCCAUGGCAUCGGCCACAACGGCUGCUAGCCCCUCUCCGUUCGAUGCGGGGCCACACAGGCGAAGCCACAAAUGCUUCUUCCCUCAAAGUGCACUCACCACAAGCGACUCCUGCGACAGGUUUGUCCCCCCCGGUGUUAAGAGCAUAUACACAGGCAGCAUGCACAUGGGAACUACGCGCCCAAGUGCAAUCCAAUGGGAAAACAAGCAAACCAAAGGAAGCAAACAAGGCAAAGACGCCAAACAAUUCAGAGACACCAAUCAAAGCACCGUGACCAGAUGA